AUGUCAUCACUUCACGGAUAUCUAAUACGAAGUUUUCACUUAUGUGGAAGAAAUAAGACUACUAGGAGUAGCCAAUGGCCGCAUAUUCCUAGUGCUACUAAGUUGUCAGGAGCAGGAAUAGGGUUAGGAAGCAACGAAAGUAAGUGCUUUCUAAACUUGAGUUUUUCAAAAAAGGUUCUUAAAAUACCAAAAUUCAGAGUGGACGAUGGUACUGAACUUUUGUUUCGCAACAUGGUGGCUUUGGAGCAGUUUCACUAUCCUAAAGAGGCCUACAUUACAGAAUAUGCUCUUGUUCUGCAAGAUCUAGUAAACACAGGGAAGGAUGUGGAUAUACUGGUUAGAGCAGGAAUAAUGAAGAACUUAUUAGGGGAUAGUGAUUCUGCUGCUGAAAGAACUAAACGUCUUUGCAGAAAUAUUGUUCUCAAGGAUUUCAGUUCUGAUUACGUCACUCUGUGGCAGGACUUGGAUGCUUCGUAUAAAAGUCGUCGUCUUAAGUUGAAGUCAACUCUCAGACGUGAUUACUGUAAAAGUCCUUGGCAAACCGCUGCCACCGUUGCUGCUAUUGUUGUUCUUAUUCUUUCUUUUGUUCAAACAAUUUGUUCUAUCUGGCAGAUAAAACAGUCUUAG